AUGGACAAGAAGUCCUCGGUCGAGCCUGAUCAAGCCCGUGCCGUCGAACCUGCUCCGUCUCGAUCGCCUGGGGAAAAGUCACCAGCCUCGACGAGAGAUCUGGAUGAUGCAUACGAGCUCUAUCGACAGCAAGAUGCCCAAGACCUGGAUCCGCAGGAGGCACGCCAGGUGCUGCGGAGGAUUGAUUGGCAUCUUCUGCCACUUCUGAUGGGGACGUAUAUGCUUCAGUACUUGGAUAAAUCCAGUAUCAACUUUGCAAGCGUCUUCGGACUGCAAAAAGGAACACACCUUCAGGGGCAAGAGUGGUACGUAAGUAGAAAUGUCAUCGUCUGUCCGGGCACAGCUGGGUAUAUCUUGGAAACCUGGACUAAAAGUACUAAUAUGACCCCCUUUCAUACGAUAGACUCAUGGUUGUCGUCCAUAUUUUACAUCGGGUACUUGGUAGCACAACCCCUGGCCGGCUUCCUUCUCCAGAGGCUACCCGUGGGAAAAUUCAUCGGUAGCACUGCUUUAGGCAACCUAGUCUGGGGCAUGCUUACCAUCACUACGCCGGCAUGCACCAACUUCGCAGGCAUAGCAGCGAACAGGUUCUUGCUGGGCUGCUUCGAAGCCGUGGUCAACCCAGGCUUCGUACUGGUUCUGUCAAUGUGGUAUCGCCAGGAUGAGCAGCCGAUGCGCAUGGUCACCUAUUACUGCAUGAACGGCGUGGCUGGUAUAUUUGGUGGCCUGCUUGGCUACGCAAUCGGCCAUAUUACGUCGGGCUUGCAGCCGUGGCAAUACAUCUUCAUCAUCUUCGGCUCCAUCAGCUUGGCAUGGGGAAUCGUAUUCCUCAUAUUCAUGCCCGAUCUUCCCACCACUGCACGUUACCUCAACGGGCGACAGAGGAUCGUCGCUGUGGAGCGGGUCACCAUGAACCGUCAGGGGGUAAAGAACCACCACUACAAGGCUUACCAGUUGAGACAGUGUCUGCUGGACCCAAAGACGUGGAUACUCUUCAUCAUGUCUGUUGCAGCACAGAUUCCCAACGCGGCGCAGUCGACUUUCACGUCGAUCAUUCUCGAGACUUUCGGGUUUGACGUUCUCCAAGCCCAGUACAUGCAGAUCCCUGGCAACGUCAUUCAAAUCGGCUCUCUUUUAGCUUCUGGAUGGAUUUCGUCCCGCUUCCCCAACAUGCGAUGCGCUGUGAUGCUCGUCAGCAAUCUGAUCUGUGUGGGAGCUGGUGCUGCGCUUGUGGGAUCACCCCCUGGCCCUGACGGCACCGACAACAAAUGGGGUCGGCUUGUCGCCCUCUGGUUGUGCUCAUUCACAUCUGUGGGGUUCAGUAUGAGCCUCACCAUGGUUAGUAGCAACGUGGCAGGCUAUACCAAGAAGCAAGUUACCGGGGCGAUCCUUUUCAUCGGAUACUGUGUCGGUAAUGUACGUGUCAAUGCUCUCUGGCGAUUCCGCAUCCUCAUUGGCUAUACAGCCAAGACUGUGAUGGUCAUCGUACUUUACAUGUACAUGUGGAGCGUGAACAAGAAACGAGACCGCGAGGCCUCCAUUACGGGCUCACAUCUUACCGAGGAACAAGAGAAGGAGGCCAUCGAAAAAGGCAUGCUCGACAUGACCGAGCUGGAUAACAAAGGUUUCCGAUAUGUGCUAUAG